UUAUUGUUAAUUUUCAUGUUUCAUCUUAUAUUGAAUGCCGAGGAGAAGAUGCGUGUCAUGAAAUUAUACGAAAGUUGUGAAAAAUAUUGACUUGACAGAAAUUACUGAUUUGUCUCGUAAAAAACAGCAAAUAUCAUUGAAAAUAUGGACAAUCUGGUGGGAGAUGGAACUCUAUUACGAUUUCAGCCAUUUUCAUCUUGUUUAGAUCCUAAUUUUUGGUUCAAAGUUUGUCAACUGAAAUUGGAUGUGGACAAAUUAGAAGAAGUACAUAGAUCAUUAAUAGGAUAUUAUGAUUCAAAAAGUUCCCCAUUUGUAUCAUUGGACUGUUCAUCUUUUAACCAGGAAGUUAAUUAUGAAACAUCUUCUAAAUAUAUUGCUCAUGGUCAUUGUUUGAACAAGAAUACUAUAGACUCAUUUAAAAAUUGUGAUAAAAAUGAGUUGUUAAAAGAGUUUGGUGAACGUAUGUUAAAUGAUUUCCGUUCGGGUAAAGCAAUAGAAGACCCAUCUAUAAUUCCAGUUUUUGAUAUACUUAUGUAUUCAGAUUUGAAAAAGUUUAUUUUUUACUAUUGGUUUGCUUUUCCAUCAUUAGCUAAUCCAAAGUAUUAUCUGACUGAUACACCUACUAUUCUUAAAAAUACUUUUUCUGCAGCUCAAUUUGAUUUAUUGGUUUCUGGUUUCCAAAAUUUAAACAUUAACCAAAGAGGAUUCUUUGGUGUUGUAUCCACAGAUGAUGGAAACCUUAAAGUUAUGACUUUAAAACAAUACAUAGAUGUACUUCAAAAUAAUGUAGAAAAUGAUUUUACUAAUUAUUUAGUGUUUGCUGAUCCAUCAGAUUUAUUAAAUAAUCCUGGGUGGCCAUUACGAAAUCUUCUUUACUUGAUUUUAUUACAUUGUCCUUCUAUUAGAAAUUCAGUAUUAAGAGUAAUAGCUCUACGAGGUUCUCCUACUAGUAAAUUUUCAACAAGCAUGUUGUUUAAUAUUAAAUUAUCUUCCAACAUUGAAAUGGGUUUUCAACCAGAUGAUAUUGCAUUUGUGGGCUGGGAGAAAAAUUCUAAAGGAAUUUUUUGUCCUAAAUAUGUAGAUCUCAGUAAAACCAUGGAUUCUAAAAAACAAGCAAGGGAAUCAGUAGAUCUUAAUCUUAAGUUAAUGAAAUGGCGUAUUGCACCUGAUUUAAACCUGGAUGUUAUUGCUCAAUCAAAAUGUCUCAUUAUUGGUGCUGGUACACUUGGUUGUUGUAUUGCUAGAAAUCUAAUGUCAUGGGGUGUACGCAACAUAACAUUUAUUGAUAGCGGUAAAGUAUCAUAUUCAAAUCCAGUGAGACAGUCAUUAUAUAAACAUGCACAUUGUAUAAAUGCAAAUACUUAUAAAGCUACAGCUGCUGCUGAAGCGCUACGUGAAAUAUAUCCAGAAAUUAAUAGUAAGGGUGUGGUUAUGAGUAUUCCUAUGCCAGGUCAUGCAGCAAACAUUGAUGAUCAUGAAAACAUAAAUUUAUUAUCCGAGUUAAUAGAGAAUCAUGAUGUCAUAUUUUUAGUAACAGAUUCUCGAGAAAGUCGUUGGUUACCUACAAUGUUAUCUACAUUACAUAAUAAGCUAGCCAUAACUGCAGCAUUAGGAUUUGACUCAUAUUUAGUACUUAGACAUGGAGUUGUAGUACAAGAUGUUUCUACCAAUGAAAAAAAACUGGGCUGUUACUUUUGUAAUGAUGUCACAGCACCAGGAAAUUCACUUGUAGAUAGGACAUUGGACCAACAGUGUACAGUCACCAGACCUGGUGUUUCUUCCAUAGCAGGAGCUUUGGCGGUUGAGUUAUUUGUGUCAUGUAUUCAAUUAAAAUAUAAUGCACCUGCAAAUGCCACAAGUUGCUUAGGAGUUAUUCCUCAUUCUAUAAGAGGAUUUCUUUGUGAUUUUCAGCAGAUAAUGCCAUGUACUCCAAGUUUUUUUCAGUGCAUUGCGUGUUCAUUAAAAGUAGUGAAUGAUUUUUUAAACAACAGAGAAGAGUUUUUAUUGAAUGUUUUUAGAAAUCCCAAUUAUUUAGAAGACUUAACUGGUCUAACAGAUCUUAAGAAUAAAUUUGAAAAUAUCCAAAUUUUAGAAUUAAAUGAUUCUGAUGUUGAAGAUUCUGAAACUUAUAACGACCAGACUGUAACUGCCAUUGAUUAAUUAAAUUAAAUUAAUUAUUUUUUAGACUUAUAA